AUGCAAGGAUUCCGGAACUACAACAUGGACGCGAUGCAACACCGCGAGCAAUCCAUUUCUGUGGAUUUACUCAACGCUCAUCAAUAUAGCUCUAAAUCAUCACCGCCACUAUCUCCAUUAAGUGACUGCAACAGCCCGCCGACGGAACAUGGGCAGCAACAAGCACCACUGGACCCAUCUGUCCGGAGGUAUCGAACAGCCUUCACCAGAGAUCAGCUUGCCCGACUUGAGAAGGAAUUCUACAAGGAAAAUUACGUUUCUCGUCCACGGCGAUGUGAGCUUGCCGCUCAACUAAACCUCCCGGAGUCAACAAUUAAGGUCUGGUUCCAAAAUCGUCGCAUGAAAGAUAAACGCCAGCGGAUGGCCGUUGUUUGGCCUUACGCAGCUAUACACUCAGAUCCUGCUUUUGCCGCAUCGAUCCUGCAAGCUGCUGUAAAUUCUGUCGGUAUGCCUUACGGAUAUCCACCAACUCCAAUGUUACCGCAAAUGCCAGUGAUGCCGCCACAAAUACCAGCUACAGCAACGAAUCAUUACUCCUACGGUUACCGUUACGCUCCUUAUCCAAUCCCACAGAGGAAUGCAUCUCUUCAAACACCCGCUUAUCCAAUUGCCGCCGCCGCCAUGCUAAGCAGUAUGCCGCAAGGUUAUACACCAUUAUCCAUUCCAAAACCACACACUCCUCCGCACGAUCUUCAAAGCCCGUCAUCACCGCAUUCGGCACUAUCUCUUAGUCCCGCGUCGGACAAAUCGAAAUUAGACCUCUCGUCAUCAACCUCGACCAGCACCAGUAGUCCUCUGAAGUCAUUAAACGGAUCCGCUCAGGGGCUCCUUAUGACUGCUGCCUGUACGCCCUGCCAAACAAUCUUGACGCCAUCGCCAGAAAAACCAAAGCUGUUUAAACCUUACAAAUCGGAGCUGUAA